ACACGUGAUCGUCUGCCAUAUUUAAUAAUUAUGAUGGAGUGGAUUUUGAUAUUUUCAAAUUCUAAUUCUCUGUGAUUCUGUCGUGUUUUUUCCUACAAAAUGAGUUCAAGAUAUGUAGUUGGACUCGUCGGGAUUUUUGGAACAGCUUUUAUAGGAUAUUGCAUAUAUUUUGAUCGAAAAAGACGCAGCGAUCCACAUUUUAAGGAAAAAUUAAGAGAGAGAAGGUUAAAAGCAAAAAAAGAAAAAGAUUUACGACAGGCUGAGGAGCUUAAGGCCAGAAUGCCUGAUCGCAAAGACCAGGCUGCAUUGCAAAAAUUUUUCUUUGAUGAAAUUCAAAAAGGCGAAGAACUAUUGGCAGCAGGUGACUUUGAAAACAGUGUAAAACAUCUUACAAAUGCUAUUGCUAUUAGUGGGCAACCACAGCAACUACUUCAGGUGUUUCAACAGACACUCCCCCCUGAAGUUUACAAAAUGUUAAUGGGUAGUCUAGCAUCAGCAGCAAAAUCUUCUGCUGCUUCAGUUCAGAAUAUCUCAGUUGAUGGCGAUUCUUUGGAUUAAGAUAAUUGACAGCUACGAUAAAAGAAUUCUUGUCUCUUCAACAAGAUUAUUUGUACAACAUCUUGAAGACCAUUUUAGUUUAUUCAUUCAAACAAAAUUACUGCUUGACUUUAACGUGACAAAAAAUUUUUAUUUAAGAAAAACCCGACCAUUGCAAUGAAACGUAAUUAACAUCACCAACAGAAUCAAUUGAA